AUGCUUUUGAUUUAUCGAUUAAUUUGGUUUGAGUUCAUAUUGUCAAUCGUCUUGGCAGAAUCAUUUGCACCAGAAGUACAUAAUAUCCAUGAUAUAGAUUCAGAUGAAAUUCAUGCUUGGUAUUUUCAAAAUAAAGAACACCUAACAUCAUCAUCAUUAUGGAAAGAAAUGCAAUUAUAUGAUAAAAGUAAUUUUAGUCAAUUUAAUCAAACUUUAGUACAUUUCAAUGAGUCAAAUCAAACUUUAAUAUUAACCGCGUUACAACCCGCAACUUUUUAUGAACUCGAACUAGAACUUAUUGGAGUUUUACCAUAUGACUUACCUGAAUUAGAGGAGAUUAUACUGGUGAAUAGUACUGAAGCAAUAAGAAUGAUUGGUCAAGAUCUAGAAAAGAAUACAAUAUCAGCACCAUCACCAGUUAGUGCAAGUAUUGUAAUUGCUUGUAUAUUAGUUCAAUAUGGAAUAGAUGAUUUUACAAUUGAUUUUAUUAAAGAAAACAGUGAUAACAAAACAAUGAGAGUAGAAUAUCCAAGCAUACCAGAGGAUGUUGAAGUAGAGACUCAAGCAAAAAAGAAAUUGAUGUUUCUAUGUGCUUUAUUUGUAAAGUUGCCAUUAAAGAUUCUUAAAAAGAUAUUAAUGAUUAUAAAAUUGCUUAUCUGUCUUCCAUUCAUAAUUUUAAAAAUCAUCAUAUUUUUCCCAUUGAUUAUUUUGAAGAAGAUAUUAAUGCUAAUAAAGAAGAAAAUACUUAUGAUAAUUAAAUACAAAAUUAUAGAGAUUGUUCUAAAAGUGAAAGACACAGUGUAUGGAAUAAUUGAUAAAGUUAUUGAUAUAACAAUUGUUGUGAUUGUACUGGUUAAAAAAGUUGUUUAUAUUACUGUUGAAGAAAUUGAAAAGGGGAAAUUUAAAACGGAAGAGACAAUUAUUAAAGCGGCAGAUUUGAUUAUGGAUACUACAAAGGAUACAAUAGUUAAAGUCAUAGAAGAUAAAAAGAAAUUUGAUGAUAAAGCAACUGAAGCAAUGGAGAAAGCUUUAUGGAAAUCUAAGCAAGCUAAGAAAAAAGUAUUGAAUAAAGAAUUUGGAGAAAAAGUUAAAGAAAAAUUUGGUGUUAAGAGUCCUUAUGGUUUGGUUGAUUGA